CACCAUUCAGCAGACACCACAACAGACGAUUUCUACGUCAGACUACAGCACCUCCAAUUAUCUUCUUGCUGUCACUCUGCUGUUUCUCUCUCUCCUCUCUUCAAAAUAAAAAAAAUAACCUCUACUUUUCUUCAUCUUCUUCUUCCUUUUCAAUUUUAAGCUCGCUUCCGAUUCUCAUUCCUUACAUUUCAGCUACAACAAUUCUCAAUUCUCUGCCAUGGAAGAUCGCAAAGAUAAGGAGAAGAAUGCACCAUGGUUAUCUGUGCCACAAUUUGGAGAUUGGGACCAAAAGGGACCAUUGCCAGAUUACUCGCUUGAUUUCUCAAAAAUCAGAGAAAUGAGGAAACAAAACAAAAGAGAUCCUUCAAGGGCCAGUCUUGGUAACGAAGAAGAUUUCAUCAAUCCAACUGCUCCCGCUAACAACAAAGCAAACGAUGACGAACACCAUUUCACUCAAAACCACUCUCCAACUCCGAGGAAGAGCUUCCUAAGCUACUUCAAUUGCUGUGUAAGAGCCUAAGAACUGGAGUGCUACAACGAUGUUAACACCAACCCUGUAUCUAGAUCUACUUAUUAUCCAGUUGCUUCCUGCUCUACUUAUUUCUUUGGCUUUCACACGGCAAUGGCCUGUUUUUCGCUUGUAAUAUGUACUACGAUUUGGCCAAAUGAACUGUCUCCAAGAGCUUACUUCAAAGCAAGAAGUGGAAUUUGUGCACUUUCCCAAAACAAAAAAGGAUUAUGUUUCGGAUGUUCCAAACUACCCAAUUAAUUCAUUUGUUUAUGCCGAAACAGUUUGUCAAAUGGAUGCUUGAAUGUAUUAUGAAGUAUGGACAUAUUUGUGGGGCUC